UGGGAGGGUAGAAAGCCGUGUAUCUACCAUUCAGAAGCAUAUACUCCAGCCAGAAGCCAGAGAAAGAGGGAGCGGGCGAAAAACGGCCAGUAAUUGUGAUGCACACACGAGUACGUGUGUAGGUGUGGUGUGGAGAACAAGAGUUGUGUCUGAGGAGCGGAGUUAAGACUGGUGUAAUUCCAGGAGCGUAUAGAGCGUCAUGGAUAAAGCGAAACUAGCGCAGCUGAGAUCAGCGAUAGGGAAUGUCGGGGACGCGUUAGUCAUCACGAGCCUCUGCGCCGACACCGGUGCCUUUACAGUCUGUUUUCCGUCGUCGUGAUGGUUUAGUGAUGUAGAUUUUCGACGCACAGGCGGGAGCGCCGUGUCUUCACACCAUAGUGCACUUGUUUCUCUUUUCUCGUUUGGGUGAAAAAACAGACUAGACAUGGAUACGCCGAGGGAAACCAGGAAACAAACAAUCAAAGCCAAGUCGGCCAAGCGCAAGAAUAAGACGCACAAGUCCCGAAAGCUGUUCAGAAGGAAAUCGUUAAAAUCGCUUGGAAAUUUUAUGAGCAGGAUUGUCAAAACUUUGGGCACUUUGGCAAACUUGGGGGACGCGGACCAGCCGGACGCGGUUGUGGAGGAUGAUGAUGGUGGAUUUGGAGCCACUCUGAGCGCCCACAACUCUGGGACUUACAGAGAGAACUCGGCGAGGAAGACCGCAGCGCCCUCAUCUUCUUAUGGAUCCGUCAAAGAAAGACUGUCCUGGUGCUACGGCGAGAAAACCCCGGGAGUUCAGGGUCUGAAGAAUCAUGGAAACACCUGUUUCAUGAACGCCGUGGUGCAGUGCUUGAGUAACACGGAACUUCUGGCCGAGUAUUUGGGUCUGGAGCAGUAUAAAUGUGAAUUAAAUGAGCUGAGGAUCAACGGUAUGAUGAAGAAUGAGGAGGUCAGAGGGGAGGUGACGGAGAAGCUGGCAUCGCUGGUCAGGGCGCUAUGGACUCUCGAUUACACGCCUCAGCUGUCGGUGGAAUUCAAGAGUGUUGUGUCCAAGUAUGGCUCUCAGUUCAAGGGGAAUGCUCAACACGAUGCUUUGGAGUUCCUUCUGUGGCUCCUGGACCAUGUGCAUGAGGAUGCCAGCCUCUCCACAAACAACAACCAUAGCAGCAAAACCAAAUCAUCUAGCCAGGUAACACAGCUUCAGUCCUUCUUCACACUCUUAAAAUGUAUUCAAAAAGUCUCGGCGCUGGGCUGGCUGACAAUGCGCUUCCUCUCCCCUCUCCGUCUGCCAUGGUUUGGGCCUCCAUUCCUGAUGAGAGUAGAAAAGACUCUGUCUUGGGCUCAUCUGCAACAGAGUGUCUGCAAUAAGCUUUACUUAUUUAAAAAAAAUGCAAUCAUAAAGACUGCUGAACUCUUUAGGAUGCGUGUGGUGGGUGGGUCAGCUUCCUGCAGUUACCUGUCUCCCCACGACAGCAGACCUCUCUGUCACCCGACCGUGGACAGGGCCCUGAAAUUAUGUGGUCCUGGUGGUCCUCUGCAUGUGAAGCUUGUGAUUGAAUGGGAGAACAGAAUCAAAGAGAGUCUCUUCGGUAACAUUCAAGAGGAAGUUAUUGAGGAUGCAGAGAGUGUGAAGAUCCAGCAGCAGAACCAUGUACAGCAGCACAGCUGCACGCUGGAUGAGUGUUUUCAGCUCUACACCAAAGAGGAGCAGCUGGAACCAGACGAUGCAUGGAAGUGUCCUCACUGUAAGCAGAUGCAGCAGGGGAUGGUGAAGAUGAGCUUAUGGACCCUGCCUGACAUCCUCAUCCUGCACCUCAAGCGGUUUCGGCAGGUGGGCAAGCGGCGAAACAAGCUCUCCACCCUCAUUCGCUUUCCUAUAAGUGGUCUGGAUAUGACUCCCCAUGUGGUGAAACGCAGUCAGAGCAUGAAGAAUCUGGCCCCGUGGCCUUCAACUUGGAAACAUGGAGAUACUGACUUCCUUUACGACCUGUAUGCAGUCUGCAACCACCACGGAGGCAUGCACGGAGGCCAUUACACAGCCUACUGUAGGAACUCAGUGGAUGGCCACUGGUACAGUUAUGACGACAGCAGUGUAGAGAUUGUGCCAGAGGAGGAACUGUGCACACGGGGGGCGUAUAUCCUCUUCUAUCAGAGAAGAAAUGUCAUCCCGCCCUGGUCCGCCAACAGCUCGGUCAGAGGUUCCAUCAGCUCCUCCAUGUCAGAUCACUGGCUCAUCCGUUUGAAUGGUGAUAGCAAAAGAGGAAGUAUGGUUUCACGGUUUUCCACAACAUGCCCUUCUUCCAUCCCAGACUCCCCAGAGUCUCCCGUCUUCCAAAAUGAACCCUCAACGGGAGAGAGAGGUGGGUUCGAAAGCAGACCUUUCGUGCGAGGAAUCCAAGGGCGUAGCGUAAGCAUGAAAAGUCCCACCAAAACCAGGGUGCUCCCACUGCGAUGGUCCUUUGGAAACAAAGACCGCCACAAAGCUGCCCAGCAAGAUCCUGGCCAGGCUCCUGCAGAGCUGGUGGAGUAUCUAGAAUCUGGCAGAAGGCCAAGAUGCACCAAAGACCCCAUUGUUGCCCUAAUGACUCGUCCUUCAGAUAAAGAAAGCGGUAAAGAUAACGAUACAAAAAAACCCACAGCCAAAUCUUCAAGCCACGGCAGCCUCGGACCUCUAGAGCAUCUCAAAAUACCGCAGGGUCAAGAAAUAAGUAGCUCAGAGAAAGCAAUGGGCCAACAACCAAGCAGCAGCAGUAGACCAAAAGAAGAUGGAACUUUGACCAGACGGAGCAGCAGAAAAUCGAAACAGGAGCGAUCGCAGUCCAGAAACGGCUCCGGCACAGGGAUCCAAUCCAAUUCCAGUGGUCCAAGAGGGUGGGAAACAACAAAGAGGGAUAAUCCAAGCAAGGAGCAAGACCAGCUAGAGGAGAAACAGAGAAAGGGCCAGGAGUCAAAACGUCCUGAUAGUGUCUUUGCAUUCCUUAAAGGCGGUUUCAUGAAGAAAGACUCGCUUCGGAGGUCUCGAGACAGUGAAUCUGUGAAAAGGGGUGAUGCAGAGGUGAAGAGUCCAUCUGGAGAUACUCUCUCCAAUGGGACACACAAUAGAACUUCAGAAGUUCAAGCUAAAAGCACAAACCAAGUUCGUAGCAGACUCGGUGGCGAAUUUGCAAAUGGCAAGGUGACUCAUGGGUCAUCAGACAUCAAGCGCUCACAAAGUUCUUCCAAUAUUCAAAGCAAGGCUGAUCUGAGUUUAAGAAGAAGUGCAUCUUUACACAGGAACGGCACAUUGGCGGCCAAGCCACAGAGUGUUCCUAUGGACAGGGGCUCUCAGACCACCCUGCAACGCACACGCUACAGCACAAACUCACUGGGCAGAAAGAAGGCAGUACCUGAAUCAAGCUUCUGAGACUUACUUCACUACACCCAAAUAUCACAACAGCGUAGCGAAUAUCUAAAAACCCACGUAAGACCUAUGGUAAGAAAGAUAGGUUUGAAAUGAUGGCAGCACAAUAUGAAGUUGCACAUACAUUUGGAACUAGUGGAUGGUAUUUUUGUUUACUUAUAUGAAGUGCCUGUGAACCAGAGCUAUUUUUUUUAAUUGUCAGUUUGUGUUUUGGCACUGGAAGUACAUUAUACGCUGGCCUCUGCACCAUCAUUUUGAAUUGAAAAAUUAUUUGCCUUGGAUUAGAUUUUUUAUGUGUCACUAAAUAGAUUUAUCACCUGUAAUACAUGAAGGGAAUAGUUCUAUAUAACUUUUUAGUUUCAUCUUUUAUGAUUCUGCCGAUUGUACUGACUGGCUGCUAACCUCCCAUGGGUUUUCAUGACAUUUAACAAAGAUGUCAGUUCUUGCACUUUCAGUGAAUUUAUUGCACCAUUGUCUGACUUAAACGUGUUCUCAGACCAAAACACAGAGCUUAUUCAUUUUUCCUUGUUUUGCAUUAUGCAUUAAUUAGACAUUUACAAAUCUGUAUUAUAAAAAUGACUUUUAAAAAGUAUGAAAUCAAACUGAAUCUAAAAUGUUUGUGCUUUAGGUGAGAUAUAUUUCAAUGGAUGGCAUGUUGACAACACAAUGUAUUAGAACAGCUAAGUAAAACAGGGUCACUUAUAAAAAGCACAAUCACAAUAACCUCACUUUUAAUCUGUAACCUAACCACCUAAACCCAGUUUGAAUGCAGUAACAAGAGCCUGUUUAACUUAAACGAUAGUACACCAAAAAUGAAAGCUGUCAUUGUUUAUUCACCAUCAUGUUGUUCCAGACAUGUCUGACUUUUUAUAUAUAUAUAUAUACAAUAGACCACAAAAGGACAUGUUAAGCAGGAUGCUCAUGCUGCUCUUUCCUAUUCAAAGAAAUAACCAGCAUGCUCCAAAAUGACACCAUUAACCCCUACUGUGUCUUGUUUGAGCCAUACAUUUUACUAGGGCCUCUAAAUGAUAAACAAAUCAAAAUGUUAUUAAAUCCUGUUCUACAUGUUUAACACAAUCUUCCACAAGUCUUCUGCCCUCUGAUUGAUGGUAUAUGGUAUUUUUAUAGAGAACAAUGGUUCUAGUAUAAUUGUAAAAAUUGUGGCACGUCUUUUUGCUUUGAAACCUUGAUUAUUGUACAUGUAAGUAAAUGUAAGAAUAACUAUUGUAGGAAUAUUAAUAUUUUAAGAUUUACUGGACUGAAGAAUGUAAACAAACACAAAAUUAUUAGUGGAUAAUGAUUGACCUACAUUUCCUUUUUCCUUACACAAAGUUAUUAUAUGGCUUCAGAACACUUGAAAUGUAUCAGACAUGUAAUAUGGACUACUGUUAGUGUGCUGUUAGAUAUAUUUUGAGUUUGACACCAACUAGUCAUUGUUGACUUUUAUUGUAUGAAAAAGAAGAGCAGUGUGAAUAUUCUGCUGAUAAUCGCCUUAGGGGUAAAAAAAAAAACAA